AUAAGUGUGCUGGACCUCAGGGACCUGACAGUGGAAAGAUCUGCUUUCAACCAGCAGCAGUGUUGUGGCUGUGCUUAGAGGAUGGAUGACGGCCAACAAACUACUAUUCAAAAGCACUACUUUAUAACUUCUUUACCGCACACAUAUAGAACAUUUAAAAAAAUCCUAGGGCAUAUCAUCAUUUAAAUGACUUCCAUGUAGGACAGAAUUCUGUACAUGGGAACAUUGUGCCACAUGGACACAGUAUGUCUUUAGUCUAGCGGAAAUUUUACUGGAAUCCUGGAAUACAAUAACAUACAUGUUAAGUCCAUAAAUACAAAUUUACCAAGGUUUUAUGAAGACCAUGGAUUCAGUUGGUAGUUUUAAUCAGCAUGAGGGAAAAUGGACCUCAGCUGAUUUAGAAGUUAGAGAUGAUGAGAGGCAGAUUAUUUCUUCUCCAUGGUAUGGAGGAGUUGACAAAUGCUGGGGUCUUACCCACAGUAACACUAGAAAUAUAGACAAGGGGUACUCUGAGGUGGACCCAUUGCUUCCAAAUGAUACUUUGUGGCCCUCAGUCCACGAUGAGGAAAACAUGCCAAAUGCUGCUCAGGCCAUGCCAAGCGAAUCAAUCUGUACCAUGGUGCUUCAGAUCCUGGCUCCAUUCCUCCUGGCAGGCUUUGGUACAGUGAUGGCUGGCAUGCUGCUGGACAUUGUGCAACACUGGGAAGUGUUUCAGAAAGUCUCAGAGAUCUUUAUCUUGGUGCCAGCAUUACUUGGCAUGAAAGGUAACCUGGAGAUGACACUGGCAUCAAGACUGUCUACCAUGGUAAAUGUUGGGAAAAUUAGCUCCUCAAGAGAAAAGGGGAAACUAAUCAUUGGAAAUCUUGCCCUCAAGCAGGUACAGGCCACAGUCCUGGGUUUCCUUACUGCGUUGGCAGCUUCUGUACUUGGAUUGUUUCUGGAUGAGAAAUUAACCAUGAAUGAUGCAGCAUUGUUAUGCUGCUCUAGUGUAGUGACAGCAUUCCUGGCAUCAUUUUUGCAAGGUAUCAUUAUGGUGGGUGUGAUUAUUGGUUCAAAGAAGACUGGGAUUAAUCCAGAUAACAUAGCAGCACCAAUUGCGGCUAGUUUUGGUGACCUCAUAACUUUGGGGUUACUUGCCAUCAUCAGUCAAAAGCUUUUCUCUUGCAUUGAGAUCUACCCGUAUGUUAUCUACGUAGUAUGUGUCCUCUUUCUGUGCCUGACACCAAUCUGGGUAAUGAUUUCCUUCUGUCACUCUGAGAGCCACAAACUGCUGUAUAAUGGUUGGGAACCCAUUAUCACAGCCAUGGUUAUCAGCAGCAUGGGUGGACUUAUCCUGGACAAGACCCUUAGUGAUUCAAAUUUAGCAGGAAUAGCAUUUUACACACCUGUGAUAAAUGGUGUCGGUGGUAACCUGGCUGCUAUCCAGUCCAGUCGGAUAGCCACGUAUCUUCAUUUUCACUGCUCCCUGGGAACGUUGCCUGAGGAUGCAAAGCGCUACUACUUUCCAUUCCGUAUGUUUUACGGCAAAGGAUAUAGCAACAGAACGGCGCGGGUGCUGAUGCUUCUUGCCAUUCCAGGCCAUGUGGUCUUUCUCUUCAUAAUUUAUCUAAUACAAGGUGCCAGCACCAGUCCAACACCAACCUUCCUCUCCCUUUACUUGGUUGCAGCUCUAACACAGGUGUUUCUACUGUUGUGCAUAGCUGACUGGAUGGUUCAUUGCUUGUGGAAGUGUGGCCGAGACCCAGAUAGCUUUUCUAUCCCCUAUUUGACAGCGUUGGGAGAUCUACUGGGUACUGGCCUGUUAGCUCUUGUGUUCUUGUUGUGGGUGAUCAAUGACAAGGACACAUUACUGGGUGACUAAAACAAAUUUAACAGCAAAUUUCUGGUCUAUGUCUUAAAAAUACUAUUACUUUUUUUACAAUUUCGUUUUUUUAUUUUUUUCUAAUUCUUAGUCUUUGUUAGACUUUUCUCUUGUUCACUGGGGCUUCUGAAGCAUAAAGACACCUCAGCCCCUUUGUAGGUUGACAGUAAUUACUUAUGUAAAUGAGGGAUAUAAAGUUGGAGACAUUUCAAAUGAUUCACUUAUUAUAUAUUUUUAUUCUUUUUUAACAGUCUGUGUAUUUAAAAUGUAUUUACUUUCAACUACUUUCUAGAAGUCAAAAAUCAGCAGAAUGUGGCAAACUGAAUCAUUCAUGCUUUUUAUUUACAAUGGGGUCUUAUGCAUAUGUAAACCACCAAAACCAGUUGCUGGCUGUUUUUAACUGCCAGCACAUACAUUAUUGGAAAAGCUUAUCUUUCUCUGAGUUUUCCAAAACAUAUCUUUUUAUAAUGAUCUUUAUAAUGAUCUUUAAAUCUUUAUAAUGAUCUUUAUAAUGAUCUUUAAAAAAAGUCAUCUUUUCAUAACUAAAUACAAAUACAAACAAUGAUUAAAUUAUAUACUGCUUACUCUUCUAUUCAUAAUGUACUGUUACUUUUUAUUCAUACUCUUCUCCAUUUUGUGUGUGUGUGUGUGUGUGUGAGCAUGUGUGCGGGAGUGUGUUAGA